AUGUCCGAGACCGGAGAGUCCGGGGUCGCCGCGCCUGUACCGGGGUCACCGGGAACGACGCGCCCGCACCCCGCCCGCGCUGGGGCUGCUAGCCCACAGGGCCGCGCCGGGAUGAGGGAGGUGCGGGGGCGGCGGAGGACGGCCAGGUCGAGCGCGGUUGCGCCGCGCGGCUCUGAAGUGACAAGAACGCUGGCUCAUUACUCAUUAUUAUUCUUUCACUUCACACACACACACACACUCCCCUGUCCCCUCCUCCCCACUUCUCCUGCCAAGAAAGCCACCGUUCAAGAGCGAAGAACCAAGAUUCUAAAAAGCAGCAGCGCCACCAGUGGAGCUGUCGCCUGGUCAGCGCCUCUGAUCGACGAUGAGGAGCCGCAGAUGGCGGAGGACGGAGCCGCCUCCCCCGCGGGCUCGGGCCCCGGGAUCCAGGUCGCUAUCUCCUCAACGCGGCGGCGGCGGGUCGAGGUCGCGCUCGCCACGCCGCGUCCCAAUCAUGGCGACGAGGAUGGGAAGCUCGGUGCGGAUGACCCGGGGGCCGCCGCCGCCGCUAGGAACGUCCAGCGCGGAUGCUCCCGCUGGCCGCUGGCGACGGUGGGGAGCACACCGGCGUCUUGGAGAGGGUCGCCAUUCGCCAAGAUGACGGAGAGGCUUCCCGCUCCCGCGCCUCUGCUUCCGGAGGAGGCAGAGCUGACUAGGAGGAGCCGAAGAUGGCGGAGGACGGGGCGGGGGAGGUUCCUAGUGCCUUCGUCGGCUCCGACCGAGGAGGCGAGUAAGGCAUUUGUCUGA